CUCCGUUUUUCCUUGAAUUUUCCACACUGCGGUGGCGUAAUAUCAGCUUAAUGACUGGAUAGCAAAGGAUUGAGAUUUGAUUCCAAUUUUAAAAUGCUCAUCGUCUAGGUUAUAAGUAAUUUAGAAAGUACGAAAUGGGAAUACCGAUUCACGAGUCGUCCUUUCAUGUGAUUUACUCAGCCAUUAUCUCCAUCUACAAAAAUGGAUUGAUGGGCUGACACUGAUGAAGGAAUCAUCUCUUGUUGUUCAAUUGAAGCCACUUAAAACAACUAGUAACUACGUGACACAGAAAGUCAUGGCCAGUUAUCCUGAAGAAUCAUCGCCUAUAGAAUAUUCAGAAUCAUGCUGCAUUUGUGACGAGAACUUUUCUUCAGACUUUGAGCUAACGUAUCAUUUGAUAGAGCAUGCAAAUGAGGAAAAAUACAAAUCUAGUCUUAAAAAGUUCGAGCAGAAGAUCUUGGCAACUGAUCAACAUCAGUCUGGCGUCUUUAUGAAUCAGUCAAUGAAAUCCCUCAGAAAGCGUUCAACAUCUCCUGAAAUGGUGGAUUUACUCAGUGAUGAAUCGGAUGAUGAAAGUAGACGAAACAAAAAACAAGCUACAAACAACGAAACAAAAAACUCAUCACCUGCUACCAAUAACCAAGUCAAGGCUGAUGCUGUUAAUAAUGCCAUUAAACCAAUUGAACGUCCUCAGAAUCCAGUUCAAACUAAUUCAACUCCUAAAGCUGCACAGUCGGGUGUUUAUAACUGCACACCAUGUAUUAUGGUAUUCAAAAAUCUUAAACUUUAUAAAAAGCAUUUAUCAAAUCAUGAAAAAGCAGGACCUUAUGCUUGCCCAAGUUGCGAUUCAAAAUUUGCUAGUAAAUAUUCUUUGCAACAACAUUUGGAUUUGCACACUGAGAUGAAGAGUUAUGAAUGUAAAGUAUGCCAUAAAAUAUUCGCAUCGAAACAGACACUGAGCCGACAUGAGGAAACUCAUAAACUGAAACAACGUUAAGGACUAGUGAUUAAGAAAAUUUAAAGGGCAGUUCAUUUUUUUUAAUAGAUGUGUAUGGGUGUGUAACAGGGUUUUUUAAUAAAGGAUUGCGGAUCCAUGUGGAAUACUAAAGAAGAAAUUGGGAUUGCCGUAGCUUUCAUAUCUUUAAUUUUUAAAUAUUUCAGUUGCAGGAAAAACUUAUUAAAAUUUGACAUGCUUAAAGUAAAUUAAAAAUUCUUUUUUCCAUCAAAAUAAUUACGAUUAUUAAUUUUGAGAUCUGUUGAGAAUUUAUUAAAUUCUCAUCGGUUUUCUGUAACUUUCGAUAUAAAUAUGGUUUCGUUGUCGAUUAAAUAAGAUGUCACUUCUAAAAUCCAAAAUUUUAAAACUUUUAAGGAUUUUAAGAUGAUAAUAGUUAUUUAAUUUAUUUUUCGUAAUUAAAUUAUGUUUAUAAUUAUUUUAAGACUUAAAAAUUAUAUUAUAA